AUGCUAAGUUGGCGAAAGAUAAGGGAGUUUGUAUGGGGGGAAGUGCCUUCCUCGAAGGAGGAGCGCACGCUCCUUCUGAAACUCGACUGGUUCAUCCUUUCUUAUUGUUGCCUCAUGUACUUUACAAACUAUCUUGAUCGCGCCAAUGUCAAUAAUGCAUACGUUUCUGGGAUGAAACAGGACCUCAACAUGUACGGGAACGAAUUCAAUCGGAUCAACACCAUCUUUACAUGCGGAUAUAUCGUUGGCAUGAUUCCCAACAACCUGAUGCUGCAAGUUGUGCCGCCGAGAAUAUGGUUUCCGACAAUGCAGAUCAUCUGGGGAGUAUUGACUUUUUGCUCAAGUGCGGUUCACAGCGUACAACAGCUUUAUGUCAUACGUUUCUUUCAAGGGAUGUCAGAGGCGUCGACAUUUGUAGGGACGCAUUACAUCCUCGGAUCAUGGUACAAACCCGGCGAACUCGGCAAACGUUCAGGUAUAUUCACCAGCUCUGGUCUGAUUGGGACAUUGUUUUCUGGCGUACUCCAAGCGGCCGUAUACCAAAAUCUUAAUGGUGUUGAUGGACGCAGCGGCUGGCGAUGGUUGUUCAUCAUCGACGGCAUUAUCACUUUGCCAAUCGCUUUGUACGGGUUCUUUGUCUUUCCGGAUGUCCCUGCCACUACAAGGGCCUUUUACCUGAAAGACGAGGAACGUUUAUUGGCCUACGAACGCCUCGACUCUGAUACCGUUCAUCAUAAGCUUUCGUGGAACCUCUUUAAGAGAGUUCUUAGUCGUUGGAGGUGGUAUGGCUUCAGCCUGCUAUUCGGCAUAUCUGGCGAAGUUGAAAGUUUCGGUUCGAAUAACUUGAUGGGACAAUGGCUGUCAGCAAUAGGCGGGUUCACUUUAAUAUUGUCAGAUUAUUAUCCAUCGGGGGUGACUGCGUUUGGCAUCGUGUCUACUCUCGUUUGCGCAACAUGGACAGACUACACGCGUGCUCGGUGGCCCGUCCUUGUCUACAUGUGUGUUUGUUGUACUAUUGCAGCUAUCUGCAUUUUGGUGUGGAGCAGCCCGAUAGGACUCAAAUUCUUUGCAUACUACCUCGCAGGCGCUGCGUACGCAGGGCAAGCGACGACCUUCGCAUGGGCCAAUCAAGUUUGUGCGGGUGAUGACCAGGAGCGAGCCGUCGUUCUCGCAUCGAUGAACAUGUGGAAUAAUGCGGUGAAUGCUUGGUGGCCUUUGUUGUUCUAUGCCGCGCCCGACGCACCCCGAUUUAAAAAGGGGAUGAUUACAAUGAUCUGUACAUGCGCAGCCACCCUUGCAGUGACUUGGCUUGUAUGGCACCUUGAGCGUCGGGAACGGCACCGAGGCGGUGCGCGGCGAGAAGAAAAGAGUCAAGAAAGCAGCGCCGCCUCUUAG